AUGUCUUUCCUAUCCCGCCCUUCACGCUCAUACGCCAAUGUGCAGCACAAUGCCGACGGUCUCAGUGCCGUAGGUACUGCACCUUAUUCCGCACCUGUUCCAAAUAGAGUACAAGGUGGUUUCAAAACGUAUCGUCCUCAACUCGCAGCCGCGGACCAACGUGCUGAACUUGAUCGCAUCCUCGAACCAGAAUUCAAACCUUCCUCCGGAUCGAUAUAUGAAGAUCGUGAUUCCAUCCAUUCCGCCGGUCCUAGUCGUCUCUCUCAUAUUCGUACCGCCGGUGGAGUCUCUGACAAGAAAGGGAAACGACCCGAUGGACAUCUUCGUGCUGCCGCAUCACUUCAAAACCUUCGACCUGGAAGCGCUGCCAGUGGGAGACGAUCAGGUUUAGGAGGUGUCUAUGUGGAUGCUAAUGGUAGAACCCAUGAUACGGAAUAUGACCCUUUCGCAGGUGUAUCCGCUAUCUCUCGAAACAAGAGUAAACGUCCUAGUGCAUUCGGUAUGAAUGGGCGGAGACAUAGUUCGGCUUCUUCUUCUUCUUCAGAUAGCGACAAUUCUGAUCGGCCCCGAGCGAGCUUAGACAGAGAUGGAGGACAUAACAAGGAUGAAGAAGAGAUAAGACGAAAGUUGGAGUUGGAAAGAAGAAGGUUAGAUGAAGUUUCGGGAUAUGCAGCUGCUAGAAGGAGAUCAAUGGUUUCGGAUAAAAGUUGGCAACCGAAUUCCGCUCCACCGAAUGGUAUCAGCGGAUAUCCCAAUGGAAGAGCGACGCCGAGUUUGAGAUCUUAUGAAGAUGGUACGAGUUCUGGACAUAGUCUACAAUUGGAUCGAUAUGCCGCUAUCAACGGUGCUCGAUCCAGAUCUUCGCAAGGACAAGAAACCAUAUCUCCUCUAUCACCAGGUUUCGCGCCCAGUUCAAACACUUCAAGAGGUUUGCCGACUACUUUUGAGGGUGAUGGAGAGGAUACACCUGUUAAAAUGACGGAAAGUACAAAUUCCGAUCCAUUAUCACCCAUCUUGUCCAAUGUCCAUCUUACUCGUUCGGGUCGAGCUCCAUCUUAUGUCCCACCAAACUCAGGUUCAAUCUUAUCAUCCAAUUCCUUGAAACCUCCGGAAUACUCUAAUCAGUCGGAUCAGUCAAAUGUAUCAAGUCAAAAGUCACCAGCAAUACCAAAGAAGAAAGAACGUAUCGAAGUUAAAAAAGAUGGUUCUGUUAAAAUAACAGGUUUUGACGCUCCUUCAUCUCCUAUGCCACCUUCUAUUCUUCCCAAAUCCCCUUUAUCUUCCACUUUACCAGGAAAUAAGUCCUCCGUCAUCAAUGGUGAUUCACUUCGUGUACCAACAACAACAACAGCAACAGGUACAUCCAUCAGAUCUUCUUCACAUCCUCCACAUUCAACAGUACAUAAAACCAAACCACCCGAAAGACCUAGAGAAGAUCUUUUCCCAGAAACUCCAGCUCAAAUGAAACGUAGAGAAGAUCGUGAACGUAGAGCAGGUUUAGGUGUUUCAUCUUCUUCACAAUAUCCUAGAUCUCGAAAUCCAUCAUUAGCAAUAGAUACUAGAUUAGCAUCAACAGGUGUUGCUAGGAUUUUACCUGAAAUUGAAAUAGUGGAAGAUGAUGAUCCUCGAAUCGUCUUUCCUCCAGAAGGUAAAACGACAAGAGUACAAAGUGUUAAUGAACAUGCUAUCAGAGGACCUUUUGGACCGUUAUUACAUCAUAAAGAAAAGGAAAAGGAGAAAGAGAAGGAAGGUUCUUUGUUUCAUUAUAAUGGUUAUAAAACAAGUUCUGUCAAUGGAUCUUUAUAUAAAGAAACACGUGAAAAUUCUUUAUUACCUUUAAAAGAGAAAGAAAGGACAGCUUCGUUUAUGAGUGGUGGUAGUAGUGGUAUGAGGGAUAAAAGUGGUGUAUUGGAUCUAGAUAAUCAAGCGGGUUAUUUACCUUCUAGAUGGGCUAAUGGGGAUAAAGAAUUGAGAGUUACGGAAGAUGAAAGAGAGAGGUAUAGACCUAGGGAAUGGGGUGAAGUUGCAGGAGGGACAGGUGAAUGGAAACCAUCGACGAAAGAACAGAUCAAGAGGAAUUGGAAAGAUGUUCAAACGAACGCUCGUUUCACUUUGUUCAGAGCGAAGAAAAAGUUGUUGAGAAAGGCUGAGCUUUGA